GGUAUCGCGGUGUAGUGUCCUACGGAUUCCACUAGAGCCUGCAAAUGAACGUUUCUUUCCGUGUUUCAUGUUUCAUGUGAAAAUUUCACACAAUGGGAGCCUGUAAUGUUCUACGAUCUCCGAGCAAUUGAGGUGCAAGCGUACCGCCGAACAGCUGACUAUAGGAAAGGCAAGAGACGUGCCGGUAUCCGAGUUCGCUGAAGAACACCUCAUAUCUUAAAAGCUACUGUUUGCAAGAAGGAAUACCUCUACUUUCUCGAAAAGCUGCGAUUGAAAGGGAAUGCAGAGAGUAUCCUACACUGAAAACCGCUGGAAGUUUGUUGGUUCGGUCACUGUGAACGGAUAUGUAGAUAUAUUUUUUAAAUGAUUUAUUCACUUUUUUAUUAUUAUUUAUCAAGUUUUCGCCGAGAAACAUAGAAAAUGAUUCAGAAUAGCGGAGAUGGUUUUACACGUUUUAAUGAAUACAUCUUUGAAGUGUCCAUGAGGGAUUGCCCUGCACGCGCACUGUCGAAAGAAAAUGUGCGUGUAGCCUAUGACAUAUCUCUGUGUGUAAAAUCUGCCUAAACAAGAAUGUCGUCUGAGAUAAUGCGUAUUAGAAAUAGAAGAUAUUCCACGAUAUUGCUCUUGUUUUGGACGUAUAGUAAAUGAGAGAUUAGGCUAUAUCAUUGGGAAGUCGAUUAUAUUGAUUACGCUCUUCGUGAGUGGUUGCUUUUCCUGUCUACAUUUAGCUGGAUAGUCGUAGUAACAGCUUACAUAUGAUGGAUGUCAAAGUGCAAACUGUACAGCUUCUUGACCUGCAAUGUCACUCACUCAUAAAGCCUACAUUACCAGAAUUCUGUUCGAUUAGUUUGCUGUCCACUUACAAAUAACUUUCCUCGACGUUGCUUUAAAACUUUGAAACAGAAUCUGAUCAUCACAGCAGUUUUUACGAGGAUGGGGGAUGCGGCUCUUCCUCAGCCUGCGGCAGGGGGAUUUGUACCCAUGUUAGGUGUUGGCAUGGUCGGAUCUGUGCCUGGCACCGUCGCCGAGCCGGUUUGUGGGACCAGGGGCUCCGUCGUGCCCCCACUGCACAACGCGAUAGUGGAACGUUUACGAGCUAGAAUUGAAUCGUGUAGAAGGCAUCACUCAAGCUGCGAGAGUCGCUACCAGCGUGGCCAAGCGGAGACUUCGGACCGUGAACACGAGAAUACGCUUCAUCUUCUUAAUAUUGUAAACCAGGGCCCGGGGCACAGGAAACCCAAGGCAAAUAAAGCCACCACUCGCCAACCAUCAGAAUAUAACAGCAAGGUGAACGGUGAGCAGAAGUCCCUACAUGCAGUGGGAUGUGAGCCGAAGAAUUCUACGCGAAUAGCACUUCAAGGGUCACUAAGGAGGAAGAUCGAGGGGCAGCCGCUGGGAUACAACGUGAAACAGAACGGUCUCUCGGGCGGGGCUUUCGGGCCAGACUUUAAACGCGUCUGCUUGGAGGGCGGGGCCAUGGGACACUCGGGCUGCGCGUUCAUUAACGGGCAGUCCCACUCCAGGCCAGGGGAGGCGCCGAUGAGCCACGGCCUGCAGAGGAAGGACAGGGACAUGAUGGCCCCGCCCAUGGGUGGCGACCUUUUCAGCCUGACCCUGAAGGAGAUGAAGAAGGAGCCCGGAGAGGUCCACUCGUGUGGCCAGCCGUCAGCCAUGGACCCCGCCGCCAUGGUGUUUGACUUCAAGGAGGAGGGCGACGGGCAGAUCGACCCCGAGCUGCAGGAUCUGUUCGAUGAGCUCACCAAGUCCGUGCCCUCCCUCAACGACCUGGAGCUGGAGAAAAUCCUGAAGCAGGAUGACGAUGAUGCUUUUGGCCUGGAGCUGGGACGUCCCAGCUCAGCGGGGGCAGGCAGGCCGUGUGGCCAGCUGGAGAGGGCCAUAAAAACCGAAUACUCCCCGGGGUACGGCCACGCUCACAGCCACGCCCGCGGCCACGCCCCCGUCGGGUCACCCCAGCUGCGCCCGGCUUCAGCGGGCCCCACACUGUCCUCCACGGUUUCCAUGGCCACCCAUAACCCUGGCCAGGGGUCGCAGGGGCUACACUGCUCUCUGACAGGCUGGACGGAGGGCUCUCGUGCAGAGCAGCUGAAGCAGAUUGCAGCCAAUCAGCAGCAGCAGCAGCAACCUGGCCCUAGCCUGCGGCCCCACCCCCAACAACAAAGCCAGCCUGGAGCUGCGGCCAACUGGUCACCUGCCGUGACUCCCCACUCCACCCCUGGGACUUUUGGCCAGGAGAAGACCCCCAGUCAGCAGACGCUUAGCCCCCAGCACAAGGGGAUGAGCAACUGCCUAUUCAAACUUACCGGCAGCGGGAAUGGCGGCUCCUCCUCAGAAAUGAAGGCCCUCGGCAGCAAGCCGCUCUCUCACUUCAGCCACAAACCCCACACCCAGCAGAGUCCCCUGAUGGGAGCACCCCAGAACAAACCCCCCCUGCACUACCAGAACCCCCAGGAGCAGCAGCAGCCACGGCCUGCACCCAGCCCCAACUCACACCAACCCCAACACCCCCAGCACUUCCACAACCCCGCCUUGCCCGCCUGCCAGCAGCCCAAACCCCCCCUGACCCAAAGAAUGCCCCUCAACCAGCAUGGGUCAGGGCUGCAUUUCAAGGUGGCGCAGCAAAGACAGGCCCUGCCUCCUGGGUCUCGCCUUCCGUCCAAUAUGAGCUUUGGGAGCAGGUUGACCCAGGCACAGCAGUCCCCUGCAACUGCCAGCAACCAGCCAAAGGUCCUUGGCAAGAACCAGGCAAUGCAGAGACAACUGGCUCUACAACAGCAGAUCGUCCCUGACUCGGACAAAAUAAAUCCACAAGAUCAGCUCAGCCGUCAUUUAACCAGACCCCCACCAGAUUAUAAACAGCCAAGAAGAAAUAUGGUGGGAGUGCAACAAGCUAAUCUUUACAAAGGAAGCGGACUGCCUCUCAGCAUGAACUCGUCCCAGGCACCGACGAGUACCAUGUCCAGCCAGAGUGCCCUACAGACCAGCUCCUGCCACGUUCCUACUGGCCAAGGCACCAAGAUGACCGCCGCGCCCAAUGACAGACGAUUUGCAAGCAGGCCGGAUCCUUCACAGGGAAGGUAUAGCAUCCAGACUGUCAACCAGCUCCAACAACUUGGCAACCAGAACCCAGUCGGUCCAAACCACAACAGCAUGGGGUUUCCAGGGCCCGGUAUUCUGGGCGGGGCUUUUGGGUCGGGCCCUGGGUCAAAUGGCCAAAAUAUAAGACCUCCAGGGGGCCAGGAAACCGCUGGAAUGCCUCGGCAGAGACUGAUGAGCAUGCUCACAGGCAACAAUAAUGUGGGGGCACCCCUAAACUGGGGGCAAGGCUCUAAACAGACCCCUCUGGGCCUGAGGAGAUUCCCUGGCCCCCUCCUGAACCUACCACACUCAGGCGCUUGCAACAUACGUGGACCUAACUUCCCCCAGAGGCCCAUGGUCCCACCCAAUCAGAUGACACCAGACACGCCCAUGCUUCCUCUAAACCAGGUCAUAAAUGGACAUGGGGUGGGGCCCAAAAUGGCCCCUCUUCCUACAGUGGCAAACCUGAAUCAGAGCUCACCGACACUGGCACCGCCUUCCAUGGGCACAUUUGGGAACUCCUCUACCCAGAAUGGCCGUGGUUACCACAGCAACCAGAGCGGUGAUCUGACCUUUGACUUUCUCCAAGAUGGAGACAACACGGUCCCCGGUAUCAACUCGGACUCAGAUUUCAUUGAUUCCCUGCUAAAGUCAGGACCGGGGAACGAUGACUGGAUGAAAGACAUAAAUCUGGAUGAAAUUCUGGGGAGUCACUCGUAAAAGGAAGCUGGGGUGGAGAGGGUGUUCAGUUCCACUGUCAGAACAACAGAUUUCGGUGGAUGAUAAAGUGAUACCUACCAGACCUGAGUCAAACAUCAGUAACAUUAAAAAUAAUUUUAACUCUUUAGAUGCUAGGUAAAUUUUGAAAACACAGCUGAAGAUCCCUGAGAAUCUCCAACAAAGCAUGUCACUGAACUAUUAUCACCUGAACAUAUAUAAUGAUGAUGACUUUUUCUAAAAUCGGUAAUCUUCAGGAAUUCUACAGGUGUCUAAAAUGUUAUUUGACUCAGGUCUGAUACCUGUAUAAAUGUAUGUUAGAAAUGUGACAUGAGAUGCUGUAUGGGUAAAUAUGGUUGCUGGCUGCACAGUGCAAACAAAAAUACUUGCUUUUUAUAUUCUUACCUUUUGAUAAAAGUUUUGAAUCUUAUUAUUUUUAAAAAUAAUUUAUCGUCUCUAGCAAAAGCUUGCUGCUCAAACCUGACAAUUGAAUACGUUAAAAAACAGACAAAAUAAAAAUGUGCAGUUAUGCAGAUACAUAUAGAUUAACGACAUCCUUUCUCUCUUGCAUUCUUUUGAUGAAUUGGGUUCUUUCGAUCCCUUGACCUGGUUAAAACCUUUGAUGCCAGUAUGCAUUGUGAAUUCUGAGAUGGUCAUGCUUUUAGGCACUCUGAAUUUUCUAAACAUUUGUGAACUUUCUGUGUAUUUGCUGUAUGUUUUAUCAUACUAUCUCAUUCCUACCCAUUGAUUUGAAUGCUUUGUCACCUUGUGAUUCACAUACUCUUAACAAAUAUACAAUUCAUUUACUGUACCACUUGCAACAAUUCUCUGUACUGUAUAUCUGAUUUGAAAUGUAAGUCAUGGGUUGUAUUUAAAUUUUAUUUUUUCAUAAUUGACAGAAGCAUUACUGGAUAAAUCCAACUGGAUCAUUUGCAAUAACCCUUCAAAAAUGCAUGAGACUGCUAGCCUAUCAACAUUUUAUAACUGCUAAAAGGCAUGUAAUUAUAAAUCUCCAUCAGAAUAUACAUCUAGUACACAUUAUUUAUUUGUCUUGUUUUGGAUUUUGUUUUCUGUCUGCAUUGGAACAAAAGAUUCUUCCUCUGUGAGUUUUGCGCAAAAGUAACCUGACAUUUUCCUGAUGUCUUCCUGAUACACGGUAAUGUUUUUGAUGAUUCUGUGCCCUCUUCUAUGAAAUGUACAGAUUGUACUACGUUUUGUACAGAAAUGCAAAGUUAUGUUUUGAUAAGUCAUAUAUCUUUCAGAAGAUUAUAUUUAUACUUCUGUGAAUCAAAUUAAGUAAAUGUUAUAUUUUAUAUGGAAUACUUGUCAACUACUUUUUAAAGCAUUUGUUAGUGUUAAUGUUGUGUAUAAAUGGUUCAGCCAGUUACUAUGUCUAUUCUGUAAAAGAGACAACUUCUGGUGGUUCAGAUGUCCCUUAAAUAAUAGUUAUCUGUAUUUGUCUUCUUUACCUUAUAAGUUGGGGCAACAGUUUAUCAAGGUUUCUCACCUGCAGUUCAGUCAUCCCUUAGCAAGAGGUCAAUGGAGACUUCUUGUCAGUCAGUUAUUGCAUUGCCCCUACCAGUAAUCUAUAUCAAUUGACACGAGUUAAGUACAGAUGAUCAUUUCCAGCAAUGUUUGCACAAUGAAUGAAUGAAUGACACAUUGGUGUCCCUUUCACACACAGCUUUCUGCACCACACUCUGACCCCUUCUUUGAAUUUAAGGAGUAGGCCAUCCACACCUGGAAUCACAGUGCCACUUCUUGUACAAUGUUUGAAAAUCCCACAUUUGUUAAAUUUUGGGAAUUUUGUAGCCCAAAUGCCAAUUGCGAGUGUCACAAUUUGAGCAUAACAUGCUUAAAUUACCUGGAUGUGGCAUCAAGCCUUUGAGGGUUUCAUUGUAUGCUUUUAACAUUCUACGUUAUCCGAGACAAUGCAAUUUCAUUUUUAAAAUCAACUUCUGAGUUUAAUAGGCAUCGCUUGAUGAUGUCCGUGACUGAGCUGUAACUUAGGGCAUCAAGGUCUAAUGUUGUGAGAAAGUAGUAGGGUGAUGGAUGUUAACAGGUUUAAUAAAGAACUCUGCUAAACACAA